AAACUAGUAAACACCCAUUGCAUACAUCCAACAUUGUUUUUAUCAUACGAGGUUCAAUUCCUCCAUAAUUUUAAUAGCAACUCUCAUCUUCAUGGAGAAAUCAAUUCUCAUUCAGCACUAAAUACUCUAAAUCGCCUUCAGUGCUUAUAUACUUGUAAUAAAGUUUCAUUAGCAUAGACAAAUCCCUACAUAUGCAAUAGUUCAUUAUAUUAAUGAUGCCCAUCACUUAUAUUACUCCUAUUACUAAAACUAUCCCUUCUAUUAUGUUGAUUGUUGCAAUGAUGAUUAUGUUAUCGUCAUCGUCGUUCCCUGCUACUGCACAUAGUCAUCCAUCCAGAAAUCAUGAUGUCCUCGGGGCCAUUGCAGAGAUGCAAAAGGCGAACUACUUCACUUUUGUCAUGCUCAUCAACAUGGCACCUCCUGACCUCUUCCAAGGGAACUUUACUUUCUUAAUGCCCAACGAUAGGGCACUCUCCACAGCCACCCUACCAGACAGUGAUGUCGUCAACUUCUUGCUCUGCCAUUCAAUCCCUUCGACUUUGCUCUUUGAGCACCUCCAACAUUUCCCAACUGGCUCCUUCAUCCCAUCUUCUAAGCCGGAUAUGAUGCUCAGGGUCACCAACCAUGGCCGGAGACAGUUCUUCCUCAACAACUCUCGUCUCAUCAGCCCUAAUAUUUGCACCACCGGCUCCUCCAUAAGAUGUCAUGGGAUUGAUGGGGUUCUACUACCCGCCACCUCCACAAUGGCAUCUAAUCACGGUGGUCUCCCACAUGUGACGAUCGCUCCACCUCCCCCUCCUUAUACUACACCAGUGGCAAAAGCCUUGCCGCCUGCAGCUCCUUCUGAACCGGCACCGCCAGUCACAUCAUAUGAUGAUCCAACACCCACACCACCUCCGGUGGCUAAUUCAUACGAGAUCAACAACGCACAAAGAUUGAAGUUGCUAUCAUCUAUGUGUGAAGGAAUAAUAUUUGGUUUGAUGUCGUUUCUAGUGUUGAUGUAUGACCUAUAGUAUUUUUAAGACAUAAUCAUUUUUCCAUGACAGUAUAUGACUAAAGUUAGCUUCUUUUCUUAUGUAUUAUGUCUGACUUAUAUGUCUUUUUUCAUCCAAAAAUGUAUUUUGUAAUAGAAAAGAGAAAUGUUCCAAUGACUCAAAUGUUCUUAAUUAAGUCAUCCCACCAUUUGCAAAGCAGCCUAAAUCGUAGCUAGUAAAUUUAAUGCGAUGUACUUAACAUUCUCAAAUAUAGAUAUAAUC